GGUACUUGGCAGUUGCCUCAUCCAUAACAUGCCCAGGUGUAGUGAUGCAAAGGUGUAGUUGUAGUGGUUGCCCACUAGGUGCCACCAGUGUAAGCUCUGGAGGGCACACGCGGGGGAAGCUUUUCAUUACAAAAGUCAAAGGAGUACACUUAAUUAAGUAUGGUUCAGAAGCUACCUGCUCUCUUGGCCACACAGAAUAAGUGAAGGAGCAGGGGGAGGAGAAAAGGAGGAGGUGGGGAGCACCUGGAGAAAAAAACACCACACCCCACACAUCCUCUGGGCUCUGAGUCCAGAAGGAAGGGUUGAUUCUCUUCAUUUUAGGAAGAACCUCAGUUGGCUGUGGAAUGGGCUUUGCAUCCUCUCCUUAAUUCCCCACAUAAGGGGGAAUCCUUGCCCUGGGAAGCUGGGACUCGGGUUUGAGAGCAGUGCCCAGUUCUUCUUCCCCUUCCAUCCGUUCUAUUUCAGACCAUGGCCAAAUUGCAGCCAAAGAAGAGGGUUACCUGGAUUGCACUCAGCCUAGCCCAUACCUGCAUCUGAUUCAGAGGCCAAGCCGUCUGGAUGCCUGUGCGUCAGAGAAGCUCUGGGAACAGCACGACUGGCCACUUGCUGACAUGACAGCUUGCUGCUGGGGAUCAUCUGCAAUGCUGCCCUCGGGAGGGGAGCUACCUGUGGCAAAGGUGGACGCAGUGGCUUUCCAGGACCACUAGAAGCCCCUGAAGGGCUGAAUACUUAAGCACACGGGGACACAGGGGGAGGCUGAAGCCCCCACCAUGGCUUCUCAUCUCUUUGUGUCUCCUGAUUCUCGGAACUGGCUCCUGCUGCUGCUGCUGCUGCUGGUGCUGCUGCUGGUGGUCUUCAAGUGUCCUGGUGCUGCUUGUGAUCUGAAUGUAUCUAGCAACUCCUCUUCUUACUCUGAGCCCAAGGUUCGCUUUGCUGCUGCUGCUGCUGCUGCUGCUGCUGCUGUUGCUACCACAGCUAGCUCUGAGCAGGAUGAGAGGCUGCCUGUUUUUUCUUUGGAUUAUGAUUAUGUGCAAAUUCCAUAUGAGGUGACCCUUUGGAUACUGCUUGCAUCUCUUGCAAAAAUAGGUUUUCAUCUUUAUCACAAGCUCCCGGGUCUUAUGCCAGAGAGCUGCCUCCUGAUCAUUGUUGGUGCUCUUGUAGGGGGAAUCAUCUUUGGCACUGAUCAUAAAUCCCCACCUGUAAUGGAUUCAAGUAUCUAUUUCCUGUACCUCCUUCCACCCAUUGUCCUUGAAGGGGGCUACUUCAUGCCCACCCGACCCUUUUUUGAGAACAUUGGCUCCAUCCUGUGGUGGUCGGGGAUGGGUGCCCUCUUGAAUGCCUUUGGCAUUGGCCUCUCCCUCUACUUGAUAUGCCAAGUCAAGGCUUUUGGCCUCAGUGAUGUCAACUUGCUUCAGAAUCUGCUCUUUGGGAGUAUGAUCUCCGCUGUGGACCCUGUGGCAGUACUGGCUGUAUUUGAGGAGGCUCGUGUGAAUGAACAGCUAUACAUGAUGAUCUUUGGGGAGGCCCUGCUCAAUGAUGGGAUAAGUGUGGUGUUAUACAAUAUAUUAAUCGCCUUCACGAAGAUGCAUAAAUUUGAAGACAUAGAACCCAUUGAUAUUUUGGCUGGAUUUGCCCGCUUUAUUGUGGUAGGGGUUGGGGGAGUGUUUUUUGGCAUCAUCUUCGGCUUCAUUUCUGCCUUUAUCACACGUUUCACCCAGAACAUUUCUGCAAUUGAACCACUGAUUGUCUUCAUGUUCAGCUACCUGUCUUAUUUAGCAGCUGAAACACUCUACCUCUCUGGCAUCCUGGCGAUCACAGCCUGUGCCGUGACAAUGAAAAAGUAUGUGGAAGAAAAUGUAUCACAGACAUCCUAUACCACCAUCAAGUAUUUCAUGAAGAUGCUGAGCAGUGUGAGUGAGACCCUGAUCUUCAUCUUCAUGGGAGUGUCGACAGUGGGAAAAGACCAUGAAUGGAACUGGGCCUUCGUCUGCUUCACCCUGAUCUUCUGCCAAGUUUGGCGAGCGAUAAGUGUAUUUGCUCUCUUCUACGUCAGUAACCAGUUUCGGACUUUCCCCUUCACCAUCAAGGACCAAUGCAUUAUCUUCUACAGUGGACUUAGAGGAGCUGGGAGUUUUUCACUUGCAUUUUUGCUGCCCUUGUCUCUUUUUCCUAGGAAGAAAAUGUUUGUGACAGCUACUCUGGUUAUAAUAUAUUUUACUGUAUUCAUUCAGGGAAUCACCAUUGGCCCUUUGGUCAGAUACCUAGAUGUCAAAAAGACCAACAAAAAGGAAUCCAUCAAUGAAGAGCUUCAUACCCGUCUGAUGGACCAUUUGAAGGCUGGAAUUGAAGACGUGUGUGGACAGUGGAGCCACUAUCAAGUGAGAGACAAGUUCAAGAAGUUUGACCAUAAAUACUUACGGAAAAUCUUGAUCAGAGAGAACCAGCCCAAAUCGAGCAUUGUUUCAUUGUAUAAGAAGUUGGAAAUGAAACAGGCUAUUGAGAUGGUGGAGACUGGGAUUCUAAGUACCACAGCCUUUAUGAUUCCCCUUCAGGCACAGAGAAUUCAAGGAACCAAAAGGCUUUCCCCUGAGGAUGUGGAAUCCAUGCGGGACAUUCUGACCCACAACAUGUACCAAGUUCGACAAAGGACCCUGUCCUACAAUAAGUAUAACCUAAGGACAGAAACAAGUGAGAAACAAGCAAAGGAAAUUCUAAUCCGUCGCCAACAUACCUUCAGGGAGAGUCUGAGGAAAGGCAAUAGCCUGCCCUGGGGAAAACCGAGUGGCAUCAAAAAUAUCCGCUACCUCUCCUUUCCUUAUAGCAAUCCUCAUUCAGCAAACAGAGAAACGGGGGCUGGUGUUUUUACAGAUGAUGACAGCGGUGAUUCAGUCUUCUCCUCUGUUACAUUUAAGCCACAUACUCGAACAGGGUCACUUCAAGAAAGAAGACAGCAAUCAGAAAUGAUUCCAAUGGAGAGGUUGCGCAGAGGAGGGAGAUCUUUAAACCUGGGUGGUCAAAGAAGCGCUUCCCGAGGAGACCAAAUGAGCAGAGUAAGACCACCUUUAAUCCCCAAGCCUCGAUUUCAUGCAGUGGAUGAGGAGUAUGAGUCGGGAGAAGAAGAAGAGGAAGGGGCAAGAGUAGUGGGACCUAGAUGGACAGCAGAACCCAGAAAUGGAAAAGAAUACCACAAAUCCCAUAGUCCUCUGCUCCCAAGAAAAUAAUUUUAUCCUCCACAAGAAUUUGCCUUCAUCUCCAGCAAGUUAGUCUUCGGACUUUCCUUGUCCCUUUGAAAAGGAGUUUUCAGAGUUUUGAGGAGGACAAUUAGGUUGGGUUUGCUUUCCCAAGCUAAGGAAAAGAUUAGAUAGGUAUCUGUGAAGGCAGAAGAAAGAUCAUCUGUGGAGAAGUCAGCGGAGCCAUGUUUUGGAACUUUGACUAAACAAGUUGAACCACAUUCUUAGCUGAUACAAUUUUGUGGGAGAACUCCUAAUGAGUGAUGAAAUAUAAUUAUUCAGGAGGCAAUUAAUUACUAAGUAUUUCCAUAAAGUGGUAUAGCUGGAGACUCCCAUCUAUGCCAAUAUUCAGGUACAAGGAUGAUCAGUGGUGCGUGCUGUAUGUACCAUAUGAAUGUGCAGUUUUUAACUGUUUGCUCUGGUGUAUUUCCCAUUUAGGCACUCAUUACACAGUCUCCUAUUUCUGGGGGAGAUAAAUCCUUAGGACUCUAGAUCCUAAAUCAUGAAAAGCUGUAAUUACUUUGUAACAUUUACUCAAUACUAAUAACAGGUAACACAUAGACCAUAGAAUUAGUCUCUGUGAAGUGAAUUUGUAAUAUAAAGUGUGACCAAAAUUUUAUAUUUCAAGCCUCAAAAAUAAACAAAAUAUAAGUUUUCAUAUCAUUACAUUCCAGCUGAAUGUUUGAAUAUCAUCAUCAAACCAAGAGAACUGACUCAGUGUUAACUUUGUAUAGGAUACUCCACUAGGCAUGAGGAAGACAGAAGGUCACCUAGUCCACCUAGCAAAUUUAUAGAUGAGGAAACUGAGGCUUGGAAAAGUGAAGAUAUUUGUCUAAGGUUAAAUGAAUUCUUGAACUCUAGUCCAGUGCUCUUACAAAGCAAGCAGCCUUUGUCUCCAAAUUAUACAUAAUUUGACAUAGGACAUAAAUGUCAAUAAUCAUUCAGUCAGUGGAUAGGGAAGUAUGAUUUUUCUUGCUCCACUAAUCUUUUUUUAUUACCUUAUAGAAAGCAUCCAACUCAGGUCAAUGCUCUAGGUACAGCAGUAUAACUUUAUUUUUAAUCUUAAUUUUAAUUAAAAAAAAACCAAAACCUUACCUUCCAUCUUAGAAUCAAUACUAUGUAUUGGUUUCAAGGAAGAAGAAUAAGGACUAGCCAAUGGGGGUUAAGUGACUUGCCCAGGGUCACACAGCUAGGAAGUAUCUAAGGCCAGAUUUAAACCUAGGAUGUCCCAUCUCUAGGUCUGUCUCUCAAUCCACUGAGCUAUCCAGCUGCGCCCUAUAACUUUAUGUUCUAAAAAUUUCAAAAAAAUCUUUUAGGCGUAGCUCUAAUACUGGUUUAAAGUAAUACUUUAUUAAAACAUCUCUGCAAAGCUUUACUUGAUUUUUAGAAAUGUUAUGAUUUCUUUCUUUGUCAAAUGGCAUAUUGCAUACAGAGUUUUUAAGCUGUUUUUAAGAAGAUGAACUUUAUAGUACCAUAAGAGAGAAGUAAUAAAAUGUUACCAGAACAUGGUGUAGGAACCUAAUGUGGAGAGAAGGUAUCAAAAAUGAGCUGUCCAAUAUCACAAAGAAACUUGGCAGGACAAACUGAUAAGAUACCUUUUCUCACUUAUUUCUAAACAUCUCAUACUCUAACAAAAUAAUAAAGAAAACCAAUCUUCAAAUGUGUAUAUGUGUUGAUUAGGACAAAAUGUCAAUAAAAAGUAUUAACUCAAGGAAAA